AUGGACGCCGCGGCCGCCGCCACGAAGAUCUUCCGGCGGAAUCAUCGAUGUGAGGCACUGAGUGUUAAUUUUGUGGCGACCUACUUCUUGCGUUGUACGUGUGAAAGCAAAAAGGCUGCUAGCGACGUGGAGAAGAUAGCAGAAACACAAACUUCCCCUGCUCUUCCUGGCUCCCACGUGGAUGGAGAUGCUGAAACUGCCCCAAGAAAAAGAAAAAGGGAAAACGAACGAGAUUCAGCAGCAGUUGAUUUGCCUUCAAACACCUACAACCCUGUGGAGGAAGAGGAGCCUAUGGAAGAUGGUAAACCCAAGAAGGAAAGUAAUGGUCACCAGGAUAUUUGGAAUGCCUUCGACAUGGCACUGGAAAACUCCAAGCUUGACACACCUGAAGAUGUACCCAAUAUAAAAGAAGUGAGUGAAAAAGAGGUGAAGAUUGACUGCAAUCAUCAAAUAGAGAUUCAUGAAGAUCUAGGCCAUGUCUGCCGUAUCUGCAGUAUGAUUGUGAGAAAGGCUGACAUGAUAUUUGAUUUUGAGUGGAGAAAGGUAUCAUCAAGGUCAAGGUCAUAUUUCAAAGAAACACGUUCUAGUGAGAUUGUCCUUGGUAAUGUUACAGUAUAUGAAGAUCUCACUGCUUUAGAUGUUGCCAUUCAUCCAAGACAUGCACAACAUAUCAGGCCGCAUCAGUUGGAAGGAUUCCACUUCUUGGUUAAGAAUUUAGUCUGUGACAAACCUGGAGGAUGCAUUCUAGCUCAUGCCGCUGGUUCGGGGAAAACAUUUAUGAUCAUAUGUUUCAUUCAGAGCUUCCUUGCGAAGCAUCCGUCUGCAAGGCCUCUUGUUGUACUUCCCAAAGGCAUAGUUGGUACGUGGAAGAGGGAAUUUCAACGGUGGCAAGUGGAGGACAUACCACUGUAUGAUUUCUAUUCUGUUAAUGCUACAAAAAGAGAAGAUCAGCUGAAAAUACUCUACUCUUGGCAAUCCAAUAUGAGCAUUCUGUUUCUUGGAUAUGAGCAGUUCUCUAAGAUCAUUUGCUUUAAUGGAGAUGAAAUUGCUGGAGCUGCGUGCCGGGACAUGUUGCUUAUGGCGCCGAACCUACUGAUAAUGGACGAGGGUCAUACACCUAGGAAUAAGGAGACCAAUCUGCAAGAUUCACUGAGCCAAGUACAAACGCCACGUAAGGUGGUCAUGUCUGGCACUCUUUUCCAGAAUCAUGUUAAGGAAGUGGUCAGCAUAUUGAACCUUGUGCGCCCAAAGUUUCUCAAUACGGGAUCAACUCGUCCCAUCGCUCGACGUAGUAUGAGUCAGGUAGCAAUAUCUGGUAAGAAGAUUCCAAAAGAUCCUCGUAAGUUUGACAAGGUAUUUGCUGAGUCAGUCGAAGAGACCCUGCUGCAUGAUGUGAACUUCACAAGAAAAAAACAUGUUAUUAGAAGUCUCAGAGAACUAACAGAAGGUGUGAUUCACUACUACAAGGGUGAUAUCUUGCAUGAGUUACCUGGCCUAAUAGACUUCAGCGUCUUUUUGAAACUCAGUCCCAUGCAAAAAGAAUCCAUCCAGAAGUUAGAAGCCUAUGAGUAUCUUAAAAGUAGUGCAGUAGGAACUGCACUAUACGUGCAUCCUUGUCUGUUUGAAAUGUCAGAAGCUGGUGCUGCGGACAGAGCUAAAAACUUGACAGAUGCAACGGUAGAUACUUUGGUUGAGUCUGUGCAGCUGAGUGAUGGUGUGAAGGCCAAUUUCUUCAUUAAUAUUCUGAAGCUAGCUUCUUCUGCAGGAGAGAAAUUGCUUGCUUUUAGUCAGCAUAUACUCCCCAUGAAAUUUUUGGAAAGGUUGUUGGUCAACAUGUUUGGCUGGCGUGUAGGAAAGGAGAUAUUUGCAAUAACGGGUGAUACUAGUGCAGCAGACAGAGAAUUGGCCAUGGACAAGUUUAACAACUCUGCUGAUUCUAAAGUUUUGUUUGGUUCUAUCAAGGCAUGUGGGGAGGGCAUUUCCCUUGUAGGUGCAUCCAGAGUUGUCAUCCUAGAUGUUCACCUGAACCCAUCUGUUACCCGUCAAGCAAUCGGGCGUGCCUUCCGGCCUGGACAGAAGAAGAAAGUAUUUGUCUACAGGCUUGUAGCUGCUGAUUCUCCAGAGGAAAACUUUCAUGAAAUUGCAUUGAGGAAAGAAGGCAUAGCAAAGCUGAUGUUUGAAUGGAAUGGGCGACAGUGCACUGCUGAAAACUUCGAACUGAACCGAGUUUAUAUAAGUAACUGUCAAGAUGAAUUUCUGCACAAUAAUGCGAUGCGCUGGGAUAUCAAAGCUUUGUAUACAAGGUGA